AGGUCCUAAAGCAUUACAAAAUGUUCAGUUUGAGUCUGGUAAACCAGCCCUCAAAGUCUUCUGAAACAACACUAGACUGAAAGGGCUACAGGAGAGGGAAAAGCCCAGAAAGAAGAUUAUUGAAAAACAGUGUAUUUUGAAACAGGCUUCUGGCUACAAUUUGAAGAGGAAGCUUCUUCAGGAAUUAAUUUCUUAAAGAAUGGGAUCACUAUCAUGUCAGAUCUCUGCACUGGUUUUCUCUUUUUUGGGACUCAUCUUUUUACUCAUUGCUACUGUUUGCAAUGUCUGGAAAUUUUCUAGUCAAGCAAGAACAUUAAUUAUUGCAACUUGGACUUAUGAAGGCCUCUGGAUGAGCUGCGCAACUACUUCCUUUGGUUCAGUUCAGUGCAAGAGAUUCUCCUCACUGCUAAGUGUUGACACAUAUAUUCAAGCAUGCCGAGCCCUGAUGAUCACUUCUCUCAUCUUGGGUGUGUGUGGUACUCUGCUGACCUUGCUUGGCCUAAAAUGCACUCAACUUGGGUCCAGUAGCAAAAAGAUGAAAACAAGGAUUGCCAUGAUAGGUGGAGUGAUCUUCAUUUUAGGAGGUCUGUCAUCAAUGGUUGCUGUUUCAUGGUAUGCAGCAAGGAUCACAGCUCAGUUUUUUGAUUCAUUUUAUGGUGGAACCAAAUAUGAACUAGGAUAUGCCUUGUACCUUGGCUGGGCCGGUUCCCUCCUUUCUAUACUUGGUGGGAGCUUCCUGACAUGUUCUGCAUGCAAAAGAAAACACAGAGACCAGGAUGACUAUCGUGCCGGUGAACGCCGUAUUUACACCAAACAACCCGAGACAAUCACAUCUGCCAAAGAUUAUGUUUAGAUGCAUUUCUGUUCUACCUUCGCCAUCUCAUUACAAAACCUCCCUUCUAUCCCCUGUUUUAUUACAGGCAGACAUGUUUCAUCUUGAUACUGAAUGUUAUGGCAUGUGUCAGCUUUCCUUUGUGGAAGAGUCUAGAGCACAGUGUCAAGGAAAAUAGCUCUGUGAGCAUCCGGUUAUGAAAAAAGGCAAGGAAAGAACUUGUAACUAUAUGUGGCAUAUUCAGGGCUAUAACUAGGACUGGAACUCUUGCCCCAGGCUGCCAAAAUUUAGACAGCACCAAGAUCUAGAGGUAGGUCUGCUGGUGAAUGUUAUGAAAACAAUAAACUACAAUGGUGCGGAGAUUUGCUCACUCCUCCACCUUUUUUCUUUUUCUUUUUUCUUUGGAAGACUUUUUGUUUUACUAGGAGAGCUCACUACAUUCUCCUCCUCCUUUUUCUUGGUGGUGCCUUAGAACAGAAUUGGUGGGAGACAGUAUCACUUGCCGUGGGUGCCAGAAUGACUAGUUACAGUUCUGGACAGAUCCCCAAAAAUAAAAGGGGUGAUUCCUCCUUUUCCUUUCUUUCCAGUUAGUUGAAUAUGUAGUUCCUUAUUGCGUUGGAAUGUUGUUAACAGAGGUACCUUUCUGGAAUAAACUUGCUUAGAACUUUCCAGGGGGACUAAUAUAUAACUGUGCCUUUGCAAGCGGUCUUUGAGGAUGAACAUAUAAAAUCUGACCAAUUCUGAUGGGCUUCUUGAAAGGGCUACGACAAUGAUAGCAUAUAUGAAUUGCUUAGCAGUACAGUUCUGUGCAUGUUUAGAAGUAAGUUCCAAAGAGUUCAGUGGGGUUUAGUCCCAGAUAAAUCAGCACAGAACUGCAACCUUAGGAUGUUCAAGGCGCCUUGUGCAAAUAUUGUCUCAGUAACCUUCAUAUUAAUCCCUAUAUUGCUGAUGGGGGAGGGGAAGUGAGGUUUGCUUAAGGACUCGUAUGGAGACUUUGGCAUGAGUGAGAUUUGUACUGUGGACUUUUUAGUUUGCAGAUUAUCACAGAGCUCUCAGUGGUCAAGAAUGUUCAGAGCUUGCAAAAAAGA